GAUUCGGGUGAGGUGAGUUCCAAGUAUAAUGGCCAUCAGUGGGUGGUCGUUGCCUCGAUCCGCUGGAGCUGCCACGUCCGCGACCACGGCCCCGGUUUCCACCGCCCCGUCCGUGACCUCGUCCAUAGCCGCUACGCUGUCCCGAGGAGCCUUCGCCAUAGCCGCUGCCAAAACUGCCCUGCUGCCCGCCAGUGUAGCCGCUGCCCUGCGGCGUGGGGUUGCUGCCGUAGCCCCCUGGGUGGGAAGAACUGCCCGAUCGUGCAACGAGGGCCGUAGAGCCGUGGUUGUCCAGCGGGGAGCGUUGCCGUUCCAAGAGAAGCAGAGCCGAUCGGGCUUGAAGGAAUGUGGGUAGCGGAUCUUGAAACUAGAGGAACGAAGUUUGAGCCUGAAGAUCCUCCGGCAGUCCGCAUAGCAUCUGAAGAACAAGCUGGUUUUGUGAUACCGGCGCAUCAACAUCGUCCAACCAAUCGGCGAUGUUGAAGAGAUUUUGACAAUAAGUAGCCAUUGGGGUG